UAUAUAUAUAUAUAUAUAUGGUUAUGAUUGCACAAGUGUGUAUAGUCAUAUGAUAAAAGAAAUAAUUCAGUAAUGUCAAUUGGUGGUGGUCUUAAUAUUUUGAAAGCAGAAAUAUUAAAAAAGCGGAAACAAUUAGAAGAAAGUAAUGUUUUACAACAAAAUAAGAAAUACUUCAGAAGGGGAGAAUUGGAGUCUCAAUAUAAAAUUGAAAAUUAUGAGACUAAUGAUAUUAGUAUCGAUAUUGUUAAAUCUGAUGUGAAUCAAGAACAGCAAGAAUCAAUAAAAGAUAAUAGUUUAGAACAAUCAACAUUACCUAGGCCAGAAGUAAUACGAAGAUUAAGAGAACGGGGAGAACCUAUAUUGUUAUUCGGAGAAUCAGAAAAAGAAGCGUUUAAAAGAUUAAGAAAACAUGAAAUUUUUGAAGCAGAAGUAAAUAAGGGCUUUAGAAAUGAUUUUCAAGAAGCAAUGGAACAGGUAGAUCAAGCAUAUUUAAAUGAAAUUUUAACAUCCACAAAAUCACAAGAUCGUAAUGUAAAAGGAGAUGUCAAUGUACCUGAAGAAGGUACCACUUACGAAGAUAUACAAAAAAUGUCUGACAAAUUAAACAAAGGUGACAGGGACUUUGAUAUAAAUGUUAUUAUCCAAUUUAUUCAAUUCCUAGUACAAGUAUGGGGUAAUCAGUUAAAUAGUAGAACAUCUGAAGAAAAAAUGAGUACACAAGGUAAAAUGGCAAGUGCAACUUAUGCUCAAACAAGGGAAUAUUUAAAACCACUUCUCAGAAAGCUGAAAAAUAAAUCACUUCCUGAGGACAUAACUGAUAGUUUAACCGAAAUUGUGAAACAUUUACUUGAACGUAAUUAUAUUCUGGCUAGUGAUGCAUAUUUACAAAUGGCAAUUGGAAAUUCUCCUUGGCCUAUUGGUGUAACUAUGGUUGGUAUACACGCACGUACUGGUAGAGAAAAGAUCUUUUCAAAAAAUGUAGCACAUGUAAUGAAUGAUGAAAAACAAAGAAAAUAUAUUCAAGCAGUAAAAAGGUUAAUGACUAAAUGCCAAGAAUACUAUCCUACAGAUCCUUCACGUUGUGUGGAAUAUGCAAAAACAUAGGUAUUUUUUUUUAUAAAAUCAUUCUCCUUUUAAUAUGACAUAAAGAAUAAUUGUGACAUAUACAAUCUUAAUAAAUAUGUAAACUUUAUUAAUAUUGUAAACAAAAUGAAAUCAAAAUUAUUCUAUGAUGAAAA